AUGGAGGAUCUUUCGAAGUACGCACAUAGCCCCACCCAUAUAGCCGUGCUGAGACGUGACUAUGCAACGCUGAGAAAGAUAGUGGGCGCACUCCCUCGGCUGGCAAAGGCUGGAGAGGUGAAUACUGAGACUGAAUCUAUAUCGGCCGAAGAAGAUGCUGAUGCCGUGUCUGCUGUGAUUGACAGGCGGGAUGUCCCUGGGCGGGAAACUCCUCUGCACCUUGCAGUUCGGUUGCAUGAUGCGACUUCAGCUGAGAUUCUAAUGGCAGCUGGUGCAGAUUGGAGUCUUCAAAAUGAGAAUGGGUGGAGUGCGCUGCAGGAGGCAGUUUGUACGAGAGAAGAGAAUAUUGCUAUGAUCAUUGCCCGGCACUACCAGCCGCUUGCCUGGGCCAAGUGGUGCCGCAGGCUUCCUAGGAUUGUGGCAUCAGCUUCCCGGAUUCGGGAUUUUUACAUGGAGAUAACUUUCCACUUUGAGAGCUCGGUCAUACCAUUCAUAGGCAGGAUUGCCCCUUCAGACACUUACCGUAUAUGGAAACGUGGGUCCAAUCUGCGAGCGGAUAUGACCCUAGCUGGUUUUGACGGGUUUCGUAUUCAGCGCUCGGAUCAGACUUUUCUCUUCCUUGGAGAGGGUUAUCAUUCGUCAGACGGAAAUGUAUCCUUGCCUCCUGGCUCUCUCAUUGUGCUCGCCCACAAGGAGAAAGAGAUCACCAACGCCUUGGAAGGAGCAGGGGUUCAGCCGUCUGAGGCUGAGGUAGCGCACGAAGUUGCUUUGAUGUCUCAGACUAAUAUGUACAGACCGGGAAUUGAUGUUACUCAGGCUGAGCUAGUUCCCCAUGUGAAUUGGAGAAGACAGGAGAGGACUGAGAUGGUUGGAGCUUGGAAGGCCAAGGUAUAUGAUAUGCUUCAUGUCCAGGUUAGCGUGAAGUCGAGGAGAGUUCCUGGUGCUAUGACCGAUGAGGAGCUCUUUUCAGUUAAUGAUGAUGAUAGAUUAGCUAAUGGGGGUGAAAACGACGAUUACGAUGAUCUGUUGACAGCUGAAGAGAAACAGCAGUUGGAUUCUGCAUUGCGCAUAGGAGAUGGUUUUGGGGAAGAUGAGGAUGGUGAAGUGCAGGAUUGCCAUGAAAACCUUGAUGCUGGUUCAUUUGACAGCUCUGAAUCGAACGCCACUACCAAGGAGAAGAAAGGCUGGUUUAAUUGGAACAAGAAGAGUUCGAAGAGCAUGGGAGAUGACCUGGAGGACUCCAAAAUUCUAAAGAAGUUCUCAAAGUUGGCACCUGAUGAUGCCAAGCAGAAGUCUGGCGACCUUCGCAGGUCAUCAUCGGAGUUUCAGAGGGAGGAUCUGGGGGACCCUAAAAAGUCAAAAGAUAAAAGUAGCAAAAAGAAAAAGAAGAAGGUGGCCACUGUUGAGUCAAAGAAUGAAAGCGAGUAUAAGAAAGGUUUGAGGCCUGUGCUGUGGUUAACUCCAGAUUUUCCGCUGAGAACUGAAGAACUCUUGCCUUUGCUGGAUAUACUGGCUAAUAAGGUCAAAGCGGUUAGAAGGCUGAGGGAGCUUUUGACUACUAAGCUUCCACCUGGCACAUUUCCUGUUAAGAUUGCCAUCCCAAUUGUCCCAACAAUACGUGUUUUGGUGACAUUCACAAAAUUUGAAGAACUUCAACCAGCAGAGGAGUUCUCAACUCCCCUCUCUAGCCCUGCACAUUUCCAAGAUCCCAAGGCCAAGGAGUCCGAGGGUUCUUCCACGUCGUGGAUUUCAUGGAUGAGAGGAAGCCGUGGGGCCCAGUCCAGUGAUAGUGAGAGCCGCAGCUUCCGUGAUGAACCCGACCCUUUCCACAUACCAUCCGACUAUGCAUGGGUUGAUGCUAACGAGAAAAAACGCAGGAUGAAGGCCAAAAAGGCAAAGAGCAAGAAACAUAAAAAGCAUGUGGCGAACAGGAAUCCAGAUGGUGCACGGCGAGUAAAUGAAAAUGCUGAGUGA